UGUAGUACAUGCCUGGGAUCAAAGCCAGCUAUAUAAAGUCCUUGAUUCUGUGUGGGUUCAAACACAUUUCAAAGCUUCAGGAUCCUGAAAGUUUUUGCUCUGCUUCCUGAAGACCUGAACAACCCAUAAAGUCAUGGCUUGCUCUGGAUUCCAGAGUCACGGGACUUGGCGGGCAUCUCAGACCUGGCCCUGUAUUGCCCUGUUUUUUCUUCUCUUCAUUCCUGUUUUCUCUAAAGGGAUGCACGUGACCCAGCCUCCAGUGGUGCUGGCUAGCAGCCGGGGUGUUGCCAGCUUCCCGUGUGAAUAUGAGUCUUCAGGCAAAGCUGAAGAGGUCCGGGUGACAGUGCUGCGGAAGGCAGGCAGCCAGGUGACCGAAGUCUGUGCUGGGACCUACAUGGUGGAGGAUGAGCUAACCUUCCUGGAUGAUUCCACUUGCAUCGGCACCUCCAGAGGAAACAAAGUGAACCUCACCAUCCAAGGGCUGAGGGCUAUGGACACUGGGCUCUAUGUCUGCAAAGUGGAGCUCAUGUACCCGCCGCCCUACUACGUAGGCCUGGGCAAUGGAACCCAGAUUUAUGUCAUUGAUCCAGAACCGUGCCCGGAUUCUGAUUUCCUCCUCUGGAUCCUGGCAGCACUUAGUUCAGGGUUGUUUUUCUACAGCUUCCUCAUCACAGCUGUUUCUUUGAGCAAAAUGCUAAAGAAAAGAAGCCCUCUUACUACAGGCGUUUAUGUGAAAAUGCCCCCAACAGAGCCAGAAUGUGAAAAGCAAUUUCAGCCUUAUUUUAUUCCCAUCAAUUGAGAGGCCAUACUGGAGAAAAAGGACUAUUUUCUAAUUUGUAAGAGCUGAGGCAAUUCUAAGUUUUUGCUGUCCAGCUAUUUUUGUUUGUUUGUGUUUUUGGGGGGAUUCAUCUCUGUUAUAAAGCAGGAUGCAGAUCCCCAAUUCAGCAUACUACUAUUAAAAGGGAAGGAGCAGAAGGACAGAGCCAGGCUGGCUCUGUCACAUCUGAUCCAGUUUUAGUAGAGGCAUCACGUGGGAGCGUUAUGGGGAAGCAGCAUUACGACGUAGGGUCAGGAACAAAAGUUAGGGAAUAGUACCAUCCCAAGAAAGCAAUGAAAGAAGGAGGGGAGAGGAUGGUAUUGUACACAUCUUGUAUUUACCCGUGGGAUGUUUUUAGCUGAAAUGUCUUUAAGUAAAAUACUUAUGCUGUGUUAUUUUUCUUAACAAAUAUAUAAUUAUGUGAAGACUUUAAAAAUACUCACAUGGCUAUAUUUUAGUCAGUGAUUCCAAAGGUUGUAUUGUAACAAUAUGUAUUUUUUUUAUUUGAUAGUAUUGUGCAUGGGGACCACAUGUGCUUCUGUGUAUUUGCUGACUGUCUGAAUAGAAACACUAGAUCGCAGUGUCUUCCCACCAUGGGUUCCGGGGAAGUUUUAUGGUAGAGACUCAGGACACUAAUAUGCUGGGUAGAGUACAAGGUCAUGUGCCAACUGGCUUGGAAACCAGAUAAGGUCAUAGCUGAUUCUUGCAGACAUGUGGGCUGCAUUGGUGGUGACAUGUGCUUUGGGCUUUUAUGCAAGCUCCUUUCCCUUCCUUUAACGAGGAAGCCAAAGCAGGUGGUAUCUGAGUUAAUUUGAUGGAAUAUCAUCGUUGUGGAGAAAACGGCUCAUUUCAGGAGUCUUGUGGGUAUGAACCUCAAGGAAGCUCCAAUUCCACUGGGCCCCAAUUCUUUACGCAUGGUUAAUGCAACAGACAGGAAAAAGCAGCAAAUAGCAAAACAGGGUGCAAAGGUCUCUGAAAACUAACACUGUUGGUGUUUUUUAACUUGAUAUUUUCCAUGAAAAUGCAACAACAUGUAUAUUAUUUUUAAUUAA